AGCGCGCCCACGGCCCCUGCGCACCUGUCGGGCCCGCCGGGGCCUGGCGGUGGGGCCCAGCAAGGCCCCUCCACUACCGCUGGGCCCCCAGGGGCCCGUGCCGCACCAAGGCGGCGGCGGAGGUGGUGGCGCCGCGCCGCUUCAGUCGAAGCAGACCAAGAUGGUGCCGGUGCAGAAGCCUCGUGCUGACCCCGUGGAGAUCCUGCAGGAGAGAGAGUACAGGCUGCAGGCUCGGAUUACACAUCGUAUUCAGGAGCUUGAAGGACUCACGGCCGCGCUGCCCUUUGAUCUUCGUACCAAGGCCACCGUGGAACUCAAGGCCCUUCGUCUGUUAAACUUCCAGCGCCAGCUCCGGCAGGAGGUGGUCGCGUGCAUGCGACGCGACUCCACCCUGGAUACGGCCCUCAACGCCAAGGCGUACAAGCGCAGCAAGCGGCAGUCCCUGCGUGAAGCGCGCAUCACCGAGAAGCUGGAGAAGCAACAGAAGAUCGAGCAGGAGAAGAAGCGACGGCAGAAGCAUCAGGAGUACCUGACCAGCAUCUUGCAGCAUGCCAAGGACUUCAAGGAAUACCACCGCUCCAUGGCGGCCAAAGUGCAGAAGCUGACCAAGGCGGUGUCCACGUACCACGCCAACACGGAGCGUGAGCAGAAGAAGGAGAACGAGCGCAUCGAGAAGGAGCGCAUGCGGCGCCUCAUGGCCGAGGAUGAGGAGGGCUACCGGAAGUUAAUUGACCAGAAGAAGGACAAGCGGCUUGCGUACCUGCUGCAGCAGACGGACGAGUACAUCGGUAACCUCACGGACCUGGUGUGCGAGCACAAAGCCACGCAGGCAGCCAAGGACCGCGAGAAGAAGAAGAAAAAGAAGAAGAAGGCGGCAGAGAAGGCGGACGGAGGAGCGGUGGGCCCCGAUGGAGAGCCGCUGGAUGAGAGCAGCCAGAUGAGCGAGCUGCCGGUGCGCGUGAUCCACGUGGAAUCGGGGCGGAUCCUGUCGGGAGAGGACGCCCCCCGGGCCAAUCAGCUGGACGCCUGGCUCGAGAUGAACCCAGGAUACGAGGUGGCGCUGCGAUCCGACAGCGAGGAGAGCGGCUCAGAAGACGAGGAAGAGGAUGAUGAGGAGGAGGACGACAAAGAGGACGAGGUGCCCCACCAGCCGCCAUCUUCCACCGAGGAACGCAAGAAAAUCACGAACCCCGACGAGGUUCCGGAGCACGUGGCCAAGGACAUUAUUUUGAGCGCCAAGCAGGACGUGGAUGAUGAGUACAAGAUCAAGGAAGGCAUGGACCUGAUCGGCUCCUCCUCCUACUACGCCAUGGCUCACGCCAUCACCGAGUCCGUGGAUCGCCAGUCGUCGCUCAUGAUCAACGGCUCCCUCAAGAUGUACCAGGUGCAAGGCCUCGAGUGGAUGGUGUCGCUCUACAACAACAACCUCAACGGCAUUCUGGCGGACGAGAUGGGGCUCGGCAAGACCAUCCAGACCAUCGGGCUCAUCACCUACCUCAUGGAGAACAAGCGUCUCAACGGGCCCUACCUCAUCAUCGUGCCGCUCUCGACCUUGUCCAACUGGGUGAUUGAGUUUGACAAAUGGGCACCCUCCGUGGUGAAGAUCUCCUACAAGGGCUCCCCGGCUGCUCGACGUGCUUUCAUGGUGCAGCUGCGUAGCGGGAAGUUCAAUGUUCUUCUCACGACUUACGAGUACAUCAUCAAGGACAAACACGUGCUGGCCAAGAUCCGAUGGAAAUACAUGAUCGUGGACGAGGGACAUCGCAUGAAAAACCACCACUGCAAGCUCACCCAGGUGCUCAACUCGCACUACAUCGCGCCGCGCCGCCUGCUGCUCACCGGCACGCCGCUGCAGAACAAGCUGCCCGAGCUGUGGGCCUUGCUCAACUUCCUGCUGCCUACCAUCUUCAAGAGUUGCAGCACCUUCGAGCAGUGGUUCAACGCGCCCUUCGCCAUGACCGGAGAGAAGGUGGGUGCGUGCGUGCAUGUUCAGGUCGACCUGAACGAGGAGGAGACCAUCCUCAUCAUCCGCCGAUUGCACAAGGUGCUUCGCCCCUUCCUGCUGCGCCGCCUUAAGAAGGAGGUGGAGGCGCAGCUGCCUGAGAAGGUCGAGUACGUGAUCAAGUGCGACAUGUCAGCGCUUCAGAAGGUGCUCUACCGCCACAUGCAGGCCAAGGGGGUGCUGCUCACUGACGGCUCCGAGAAGGACAAGAAGGGAAAGGGAGGCACCAAGACACUCAUGAAUACCAUCAUGCAGCUGCGCAAGAUCUGCAACCACGUGUACAUGUUCCAGCACAUCGAGGAGUCAUUUUCCGAGCACCUCGGCUUCAGUGGAGGCAUCAUCCAAGGAGCCGAACUCUACCGCGCGUCGGGAAAGUUCGAGGUGCUGGACCGCAUCCUGCCCAAGCUGCGAGCCACCAACCACCGCGUGCUGCUCUUCUGCCAGAUGACGGCGCUCAUGACCAUCAUGGAGGACUACUUCGCCUUCCGCAGCUUCCGCUACCUCCGGCUGGAUGGAACUACAAAAGCGGAUGAGCGGGGAGACCUCCUCAAGAUGUUCAACGAGCCCGACUCACCCUACUUCAUCUUCCUGCUGAGCACCCGCGCCGGAGGCCUCGGACUCAACCUCCAGGCCGCCGACACCGUUGUCAUCUUUGACUCGGACUGGAACCCCCACCAGGACCUGCAGGCGCAGGAUCGCGCCCACCGCAUCGGCCAGCAGAACGAGGUGCGCGUGCUGCGGCUCUGCACCGUCAACAGCGUGGAGGAGAAGAUCCUGGCGGCCGCCAAGUACAAGCUCAACGUGGACCAGAAGGUCAUCCAGGCCGGGAUGUUCGACCAGAAGUCGUCGAGCCACGAGCGGCGCAUCUUCCUGCAGGCUAUCCUGGAGCACGAGGAGCAGGACGAGGAUGAGGACGAGGUGCCCGACGAUGAGACGGUGAACCAGAUGAUCGCCCGCAACGAGGAUGAGUUCGAUCUUUUCAUGCGCAUGGACCUCGACCGGCGGCGCGAGGAGGCGCGUAACCCCCGUCGCAAGCCGCGCCUCAUGGAGGAGGACGAGCUGCCCGGGUGGAUCCUGAAGGACGACGCCGAGGUGGAGCGUCUGACGUGCGAGGAGGAGGAGGAGAAGAUAUUUGGCAGAGGCACCCGGCACCGCAAGGACGUGGACUACAGCGAUUCGCUCACCGAGAAGCAGUGGCUUCGGGCCAUUGAAGACGGCAACCUGGAGGAGAUGGAGGAGGUGGUGCGAGCGAAACGCGCACGCAAGCGGAAGGCGUCGCCCAGCUCGGUGGGGAUGGAGCCGGAGGUGAUCGAGGAGCCACCCCCCCCGCCGGUCAAGGAGAGGCACAAGAAGAAGAGGGGCCGCCCCCCCGCGGCUGACAAGCCAGUGCCCAACCCGCCGUCCCUGCUCAACAAGAUGAGGAAAGUCCUGGACGCAGUGCUCAAGUACAAGGACGGGUCUGGCCGGCAGCUCAGUCAAGUCUUCGUGCAGCUGCCGUCACGCAAAGAGCUGCCCGAGUACUACGAGCUUAUUCGAAAGCCUGUCGACUUUAAGAAAAUCAAGGAGAGGAUUCGAAUCCACAAGUAUCGCAGUCUGGAUGACCUGGAGAAGGACGUGAUGCUGCUGUGUCAGAACGCGCAGAUCUACAACCUCGAGGGGUCUCUGAUCUACGAAGACUCCAUCGUCCUGCAGUCCGUGUUCACGAGCACGAGAGAGAAGGUGGAGAAGGAGCCAAGCUGCGAUGACGUGAGUGACGAUGAUGAAGAUGAUGACGGCUCUGAGUCCGAGUCCCACUCGGUGAAGGUGAAGAUCAAGCUCGGAAAGAAGAAGGAGAAAGGGAAGGAGAGGGAACGGUCUCGCGUGGGCCGGCGGCGGUCGGGCCGCGGGGCCAAAUCCAGGCCCGUGGUGAGCGACGACAGUGCUGAUGAGAACAACGGUCAGUCGGAGGUUAGUAGCGAAGUUGAGUGAAAGAUCGACGUCAUUCCAGACGCACGCCCUGCGUCGUGGUGGAGCGGCGUUUUGAGUGAGCGGCGUGGAUCGCAAAUGCGCGUCGCAGCUCGCGCGCACGGAGAAACCUUGACUCGUGUGCAUCUAAAGUCCACACGCACGCACCGUUGCAACACAGCGUUUACGUGUUACCCAACGGGCCCGUUUUUAUCACCGCCGGUGUGUUCUUCUUCCAAACCGAUGUUCGGAUCUGAAGCGGUCUCUUGGAAUGACUGACGGUAGUACUUGUAGGAUUUCAGUCCUAGAUCUUCAUGUUUGCAUGAACAUUUUCUUCAGGGGCCAAAUGCCGAGGGCCACCCUCUCUGUGUUGUCGAUGCCGCGUGCAGACGCUGGCUGCUGAACGAGUGUUAGCGUUCGCACGCCCCGGUUGCAGGUUCAGUUGGUCACGUUUCCUGCAGCGCUCGUCAAAUACAAUUUCGUGUGGUGUAUUGAUAAUCGUAUCGGUGUUUCAUUCUCGCGUCACGCAGACUCUAGCAUGUAUGUAGCAGGCAGCUUUUUAUAUUGCAAAUCCGGUCCAAGUUAAAACACUAAGGAGGUGGGGGGGCAGGGGGGGUGCUUUUGAGGUGCAAUGGAUGAUUCGUUUUCCGGAGUGGGCCCACAAGAUGGUGUGCGUGGCAUAUUGGUGCUCGGUGGCGGUGCUGAGUCGUGGGUAUUUGGUGUUGCCGCGUAAAGCCCAACCGGUUUUUUUCUCAGUAAAAAGCCGUAAAAUGCAAUUACGUGUAAGCACCAGUUGCAUUUUGUUUUGAGAAGCUUCCAGUGCGUGAGAUUAAUGAACUUGUGAAACGACAAAAUAAACACCUAACAUUACA